UUCCCCCUGCUUGUUGCACCCUGCAGAAGCCCAAUGUGAUUCUGCCCCCCCUCCAGGUCUGGCUCCUUUGUCCGUACCGGGCCUCUCCUCGCCUUAAACUGGCCUUUUUUUUUUCUUUCCUCCCCCCCAAUCCUACAUAUUACUUACCUCCUAUCUUCUUUUUUUUUUCCCGUACCCAACCUAUUGUUCCUUUUUCUCCCCCCCCAAUCAUCUUGUGGUGGAGGGUGGCCUUGCCAGGUCCUCUCGUGGUCACCACUAUUCCCUACUUUACAAGCAGAUGUUAACGAAAAAAAACCUCACUACUUGACCAUUCAACCGAUUCCCUUAAUCCUGAACAACAGAUUGCGACCCCAUAACAGACCUUUCUCUAUCAUCGACUUAUUUGCCCGACUGGACAAGAGACUCUUCAGAAUAUCAAGGCUUGAGCCAAUGACCUGACAGACUUUACCCUUCCGUCGCUAGCAAGAAUUACAGCAGAGGGAUAUCUUCUUUGUGGAUAUGAGCCUACUUGUCUGAUUGCUCCAGGAACACUUUUAGCUGGCGCAUAAGAAUAGAAAGAGUCUCGGAUAGUAUUAGCAUUGCCAGCGGGCUAUUCAAAGGGCAACAGAUUCGGUCGCAAUGCCACCCAAGAACCCCAGCAGAGCGAUGCUACCGAAGGGGUUAUACGGUAUACCCUACGACAAGGCAUCGGGACCAAAGACGCCGGAGCCCAUGGCUCACAAUGACGAAUUCCAACUACCAUCACCCCUACGACCGCGCUUGAGGGUGAAGAAGCGUCAUGCCUCCCACCACCUCAACGCGCCAACUCGGCAGUUUCUCGCGUCUGUCGAGGCGGCUGACGUUCCGCUCCCUAGCAUCGAAGCUGACCUCUCAAUGGUGGGCGAAGAUAUCCUGGAUAGGCUGCCCGAAUUCCAGGUGGGCGGCUUAGACGAUAUGGACAUCUUAGAACACCUUCACGCUAGGACCUGCUCGCCCCCGAAAACCCCCGCGAUCGAGCUCGCGCAGCCACUUUCCACAAGCAAGUAUCCCGACUGGUCGAUCGAUUCGGAGUGGAGCAGCUCGGAUGUCGAAUCCAGCCCCGAAUAUGAGUCCAGCAGACCCUCGACGGCAUUCUCCACCCAUACAAGCGCCUCGUUAUUUAGCCAAUACUCCCACGCCUCGGAAGCAUGCAUCAGCCCAGGAGUCGACACUCUGGAAUUCCCCAACUCGGACUUCCACGCCAACGCGAGCAUAUCGCACAAGGAGAGUUCUCGAAAGGCGCCGUGGACCAAGGCCAUGAGCUCGCACCUGUGGGCAACUUAUUUGCUAUAUUUGCAAGAUCCGCGGGUAACUCCAGUGCGUCUAGGGAGAAGUCGCAUUCCUCCCAAUGGAGUUUGCUCGCGUGUGGCACGAGAGGCCAGAAGGAGUUGGAAGGGUUCCAAGGGACGCGUGGCCGCGGACGCUGAGAGCGAGAGCAGCACCCCGACUGCGGAAUCAACCAAGCCUUAUAUAGAGUGGCCUCACACCUGUGCUGCUACCCGGGCCCAUCUGCGCGAGCUUUGCCGACUCAAGGCCUCGUCUAGUCCGAGAAACUACGUGUCGCCGAGCCCUGCGCCGCUGAACAGAGCUGUCCAGCGCCGCCGAAACCGGAUUUCCACGCCAGGCAGAUCGCCCUCGGUAUUUUCCGGCCAGGAAAUGGCUUUUUCUCUGGCGUUGAGUACUUUGGAGACUAUGCAGCCCGAAGGCCCGCUCGCUCAACUUACGUGCUCCGAAAACGAUCCCCUGCAUGAGCUUGCAGCAGACGCGAGUCCGGAGACCACGGUGACACAAGAACCGCCGCUGGUAGAAGUGCCCUAUCUUCCGUCACCUUCCCCAGUAUCGGCCAAGAGCUAUGGCCCUAGUUCAUCCUCAUCUCUUACUGUCGGUAUCAGCUUGCCGAGACAGUCGAAUACGGUGGGCUUCCGAAGAACUCUCCAGUCGCCAGUUCGUCUCACUAGGUCGCGGUCGGGGACGCAGAAGCGCAGGUCGGUGAAAAGCCUAGAUGAUCUGCCGCGGAAGCGACCGAGUCUGUCGUCGGAUUUCUGGAAAGAAGCUGCCGGGGGAGUUGGUGGCAUGCUACGGCAGCAACAGCAACAUCAACACACCGGGAUUUCGUUUGAGAGCGACAAGGCCGAAGACCCGUUUUCCCAGAGCAGCCCACGCAGCGGCUCUUCUACCCCCCUCAUGAUUCCCGUGGCGCUACCUCGUCUCGGAUCUCCAUUCUCUGGUACGGGUUCAAGUCACAGUUUCCCUAACAGGAUUUCAAACCCCAUCGAUUUCAACCCAGCCGCCUUACGUCGGCCCUUUGCCACUGUCCGGCAGUCAGCCCAGGCACGUUCAACCACACCAUCGUCUCCCAGGUCAACCCUGGCAUCCCGUCUAGCUUAUCUGGACCAACGAUUGAAAGAGUUGCGAAAUCGCAGAAGCGAGCGCAGACGAUCCCAGUCGCCCCUAUGAUGGGCGACCUUGGUCAUUACAUCAUUCCACAUCUACCCCUCUCCUCCACCCCAGCACUACGCACGACCAUGUUACGUUUUCUUUGUUUACGACCAUACCACAUGCUACGAUUUCUUUUGACGACUCACAUGAAGCUUUACUAUGCCACCCUAUUGUGCGUACCGGGAGCAGGCUCUACCUAUUCGCCCUCUCGAAGCUCGAAGCCGGGUGGUUCAA